UGAAGGCUUCAUUCACUCCAAAACACAACCAGCAGAUUACAAUACUCACAGAGACAAAAGCACUUUGUUUCACAGCAGAUAUCAUCUUCCUACUAGCAAAGCCAAAAGCUACAAGCUGCGUCUAGCUUGCACUAUUUACACAUCAUUUUAACCACCAAGCUGUACCACAAGAUGAGCUCCUCCAAAUUAUUGUUACUGCACUUUCUACAGAUGCUUAUUGUGGGUUUGGUGGUGCAAUGCCAAGGCCAACUUACGCGCAUUGGAUUCUAUUCGCGUACAUGUCCCACGGCAGAGUCUAUUGUCAAACAAACAGUUCAAACUCAUUUCAACUCCAACCCCUCCGUUGCUCCUGGCUUGCUGAGGAUGCACUUCCAUGACUGCUUUGUCCAAGGUUGUGAUGCUUCUGUCCUUCUUGACGGCCCCAACACUGAGAAAACUGCUGGACCUAACCGCGGUUUAAGAGGUUGGGAAGUUAUUGACGAUGCAAAGACCGAGCUCGAAGCUGCAUGUCCCGGGGUUGUUUCUUGUGCAGAUAUUCUCGCUCUUGCUGCCCGUGAUUCCGUGGUUCUGACCAAAGGAUUCGCUUGGAAUGUGCCUACUGGAAGAAGAGAUGGACGAGUUUCGCUGGCAACCGAGACUACUAAUCUGCCUGGCUUUAGAGAUUCCAUUGAUGUACAGAAGGCCAAGUUCCAAGAUUUGGGUCUCAACACUCAAGAUCUUGUCACGCUAGUUGGCGCACACACCAUUGGCACCUCAGCUUGCCAGUUCUUCAGGUACAGACUGUAUAACUUCACCACCACCGGAAAUGGCGCUGACGAAACAAUCGACCCUUUAUUCCUUGCUCAACUACGAUCAAUUUGCCCUGAAAAUGGUGACACGGCCAGGCGUGUUGAUUUAGACACGGGCAGCUCAAGUCGAUUCGAUGCAACUUUCUUCACAAACAUGAAGAAUGGUCGUGGGAUACUUGAGUCGGAUCAGAAGUUAUGGACCGACGCCACCACUAAAAGUUUUGUCCAACGGUUUUUGGGCGUGAGAGGCUUACAAGCAUUGAAUUUCAACAUCGAGUUCGGAAAGUCGAUGGUGAAAAUGAGUAACAUCGGUGUAAAAUCUGCCACAAAUGGUGAAAUCCGCCGCAUUUGUUCUGCAGUCAACUAACGAAAUUACCCAUUUUGUUCUAAUUAAUUUAUUAAUUAGAUUCAUUAUUAUUUUGUUGGCACAAUCAAGCCAUUUUGUGUUACUUUCUUUUCGUUUCUCAUGUGUCUUCAAAGAGAAAGAUACUUUGAGCUCAUUCUUUGGUUUCUGUAAGUUGUUUAAUAUCAUUCGUUCCAUUGAAAGUUAUAUAGGCUUAUUUUUAGUUA